AUGCCGCUGUCUCCCCACGACCCAGAAGCAAGAAAAGGAGCACAGUCAACGCAACCCCCAGCUUUCGUCCGCUUCGAAUGUCCUGAUUGUGGAACACCAGUGUCAUGUUCAGAAGAACAUUGGGCUGAUGAUUAUGAGUCCCAUACGGAGAUAUGUGACGUCCUUCGAGAGAUCAACGAGGAUGACCACGAUCUGCGCUCCGGACGUUUCUUCCCUGAAUUUGAGUACCCGGGCCCACAGAUGGAGGAGGCAUUGGUCAAUAUGACCAAUUGGGAUACGUACCUAUACACGCGUGAAUACAGGGCUAUCAACGAAGAAAGACCCUUACGUCAAGUAACCAAGCUCCUCACCUACCCAGUCACUAUUGGCAGUAUACUCUCCGAACUCAGCCCGUACAAUAUCCGCCGAAACGGCCGUAUCACAACCGAAGGACUGAAGUCUCUCAGCGCUCUCCGCUACACCCUACACCCUCCCCGCACCGGCGCCGACGGCACUAUAAAAGGUCUCCGUCUCAAUCCCCCUCCCGUUCGUAUCUUUAUUCUCGGAGCCCGCGCCGAAUCCUCUCUUCCUCGCGAGGUGUGGCAACAAUUAUCUUUCAUCUUUCCCCGCGUUGCUUUCCAUCUAAUCUUCAUCGGCCCAGAAUCGAUGACAAAUCGAGACGCUGAAUUUCCACUCCCGGAGCGAACGCCCGGGAACCCAUUCGGUGCCGUGGUCGAAGAUCGCAUAAGUCAUGAGAUGAAAAUCAGUACCUUUGUCGAAUACUACCAUACACUGCACCAAGCCGGGCUAUUCCACCCUUACGACCCCUACUUUGACUGCUUCGUUCUUUUUCACCCUGGUUUGGGCCAUCCGGCCAGUUCGCACGAGUGGGCAGAUACGCUCCCCCAAUUAUUGGAAACCAAAGUCCCUAUCAUCUCCACCGGUUACACAGAGUGGGACAUGGAACGAGACCGAAAAUGGGUAGAAGAUAAGGUGGGUGGAGAGAUGGACAUAUUGAUGGAGCCCGGAGAGAAUAAAUUUCGGAGCUUGAGGUGGGAUUUAAACGAGUUUGACCCAACGGAUGUAAGUUGUGGAAAUUGGGGUGUUUGGGCUUUCAGGGGGAAGAGGUAUGAAACUACGAUGAAGGAUUAG